AUGUGGGGCCUGCUGCUCUGCGGGGGCUGGCUGCUGGCCACCGGCUACCUGGUGGGUGCCACAGGCAGCUGCUGGCACCAAUGCUGCCCAGGCAGGAACAACACUUGCUGGGCCCCGGGCGCCCGCCAGGCUCGCUGCUACUGCGACUCGUACUGCGAGAGGACGGGCGACUGCUGCCAGGACUACCGUGCCGCCUGCCACAGCGCCGCAGUGGGCUGCGCGGUGGGGCCCUGGGGGCCAUGGAGUGGGUGCAGCUCCCCGUGCGGGGUCGGCAGCAAGGCCCGCAGCCGCCCGGUCACCCUCCCACCCCGGCACGGAGGGGAGCCCUGUCCCGCCCUCAAGCAGCGCCGCGGCUGCUUCGGGGAGCACCCGACCUGCGGGAUGGCCAAAGAGGUGGCCAAGAUAUUACCUGACUCCUUCAGCCGGGACUUCAGGGAUCCCUGGCAAAGAGCUGGGCUGCUGCUGCCGGAGGAGCCGUCCGGGUACGCCUGGAGCCGCCGGCUGCACCGGGACAAGCGGGUGUGUGUUGAGUGCCGGGGGGAUGCACCCCACCGCCGGCCCCAUUGCACCGGACAUGGGCUGCAAGGAGCCAGGACGUUUUGGGUGGCCGCCUCCAUGGCAGGGUGCCAGGGCUCGUGGGUGCAGGAGGGGCUGCAGGAGGGUUGUGUCUGCCCCCCACCGGCUCUCAUCUUCGUGUAG